UUCCAUUGUUGUCCUUGUGAUAUCUUAUUAUUGGCUGUCUAGUCAGUGUGGGAGAGGCAGUGAGUGAGGCAGCAGUUGAGUCAGUCCAAGACCAUACGUCUAUACGUGUACAUCGAGAGGUGUAUGCCUCUCGGUGUAUACACAAUGAGAGUGUUGUACGUGUGGACGAUGUUGGCGGUGUUGUGGCAGUGGACACAGGUGGAGGCUCAUGGGGCGCCGCUACUGGGACCAGAUAUCAUGAGUUUCGGCUCCUUGCCACCCAUCACUCUGUGGCACGCUGCCUCCAUCCCCGUGGCACCCUCCGCCCCCGUGCAGUCAGGACUACCGGCUCCCAAGGGGACUGAAUUUGACGGCCCUGAUCCAGGCCUAAAUGCAGCCAUUAUCACGGUGCCGACGGAGCCGUGUCCUAGUGGGUACCGGAGAGACUUCAAUGAAGUCUGUCGCCUCAAGUUCGGCUACGGACCGAACCCGUUCUUCUCAUUCACGCCCGAAAACUUUAAGGGCGACAUUCAGUUCUACAUGGGCUUUCAGGUAAGGUUUUCACAGCUUUGGAGUUUAAGACAAGCAUUCGCCUAUAUGUGGGUUGUAAGAGACGAGUGGAAGGUUGUGAAAAAAGACUUGAGAAG